AUGCGGCCCACGGCCAUCGUACCCACACUUUGCUGCAUAGCAGCUCUCGUCCUAUCCUUCUUGUGCCUCUUCGCCGGCAGCAAGAAGGGCUUCAUGAACGACUACCAGAUCCUCACUCUCAACACCUCCCGCCUCGGCACCAACCUCCUCAACCCGGACGCCCCAGGCCCCCUCAACGACAUCUACAACGCCCUGCCCGCGGACACCAGCAACGCCAUCAACGCGGCCGCAAACUCGCUCGCCUCCCGCCUCGGCAUCGAAGACUUUUACAACCUACACAUCCUCACCUACUGCCACGGCACCUACACGCCCUCGGUCCUCCCCAACGCCACCCUGCCCCGCUCCGCCAUCCACAAACACAUCAACGACUGCUCCAACAUGACGGCCCUCUUCCACUUCCAGCCCGCCGCCAUCAUCGAGCAAGCCCUCAACGACAGCGGCGUCGAUGUCACGCUCGACGACCUGCGCUGGCCUGACGACAUCCAGACCGGUCUUGAUGCCCUGCACGCCCUGCAGUCCGCGACCUUCAUCUUGUACUGCAUCGCCGCGGGCCUCAUCUUCGUCUCCGUAUUGCUCUCGCUGCUCGCGCUGUUCACUUCGGGCCGCUUGUCGGCUUGUCUGAAUGUCUUAAUUGCCAGUGUCGCGUUUUUGGCUAUUGGCAUCGCGAGUGCGCUCGUCACGGCCGUCAUGGUCAAGGCCACGGAUGUGAUUAAUGAGAAUGGGAGGGGCAUUGGGCUCGAGGCGCAGAGGGGGAAUAAGUAUUUGGCUAUCACGUGGGCGGCGACUGGGGCGAUGUUGUUGGCUGUCGUGUGGUGGCUUGGGGAGACGUGCGUGGGGAGGAGGGGGGGAAAGGGGAAUGUGUAUGGGAAACACGGCUAG